GUUGGAUUUGUUGUUGAGGAGGGUGGUCACCAAAUCGGUUGAUUUGACUAACUUCAGACCAGUUAUAUAUAUAUAUAUGUAUACACUUAGACACACACGCUUACACAUGUGUGUAUAUUUGUGUAUACACACACGAUCUUAAAUGCCUCCGUGUAUGUUAUAUAUAUAAAAGCAUAUAUGUAUAUAUCUACAUACAUAUACACGUAUGUAGAUGCAUUCUUGUAAGUGCGUGGAUACGAAACGUCUGAAGUUGAGAUAUAAUAGAGUGAAAGUAUCUUCUAAAGAACUACUGAAGUAUAAGAGAAAAAGAAGAAAAUAACAAACAAAUAAGAACAACAGUACAAACUCGUCAUCCAGUCUGCAUACAAAACAUAAUCAGCCAGCAAUUUUAAAAAAUAUAAUCGGCAGGUCGGACGUAUAAUAAACCGUGAGCGUAUAAAAUAUAUUAUACAUGGACAUAUAUAGUAUAUUUAUGUAAGAUAUAUGCAACGACGUCAAACAUAACAAGAAAGCAUUUUAAAAAUAAGUGUUUAAAAACAAAGAAAAAUAAAUCCAAAAUACAAAAAAUUUAAGCCUGGAAGAUUAAAAUGUGGAAAUUACGUGAAAUAACCGACAAAGUCACCAAUGUGGUGAUGAACUAUUCUGAUGUCGAGGCUAAAGUACGAGAAGCCACAAACGAUGAUGCUUGGGGUCCACAUGGCUCGCUAAUGGGUGAAAUUGCACAGUACACAUUUACAUACGAACAUUUCCCGGAAGUAAUGGGCAUGCUUUGGAAACGAAUGUUGCAUGAUAACAAGAAGAACUGGCGACGAGUAUAUAAAUCUCUGCUGUUGCUAUCCUACCUAGUGAAGAAUGGUUCAGAAAGAGUGGUCACCAGUUCACGGGAACACUUGUAUGAUUUACGCAGCCUUGAAAACUAUACCUAUACAGAUGAAAAUGGGAAAGAUCAGGGACUGAAUGUACGGCAAAAAGGUAAAGAAUUGAUUGAUUUCAUCCAGGAUGAUGAGAGGCUAAGAGAUGAACGGAAGAAAGCCAAAAAAACAAAAGACAAGUACAUUGGAAUGGCCAGUGACAGCCAUGGUAUCAGAUAUAAAGGAGACCGUUAUGAUGAAGACUACCGCUCGACACCAUCUGCAACGUCAUCACACAUUGGCAGGUUAGACGAUAUUGAUGAUUGGAAUAGAGGCAAGAAGUCAGUUGCAAGUGAAGCAAUAGAUAAAGUAAAGGAUCUCUGGCACCGUGCACAUGGCAAGAAAAAUAUAGAUGAUGUUAUAGACUAUAGUGAUGAUAAUGAAAAUCGGUAUGAAGAUAAAGAAAAGCCAUCUCGUGACCGUAAGGAGUUUGAAUUCAAAGACGAGGAUGAAGAGUAUACUUCUGUGGAACGCACUCAAACAACACACACUGAGAAAAUUACCACCAAUAUCCGUACCACUCGAUCUAACAAGAAAUUAGACCUUGGUGCAGCUGCAAACUAUGGUAAAGAGACCAAUCAGGUGCCUGAUAGCAGCGGAAACUACAAUCUAAUUGACACAGUAGUCGCUUCUGUAUCUUCUCCAGGAGAUUUAUUUACCGACUUUAGUGAUUUUAAAUCAUCGGCUUCUCAAAAUGGAGUCACGACCGAUAUAGCUUCUAGUAAUUCUAAUGGUGAAUUUGGUGAGUUUUCUGCUUUUCAAGGAGUUGCAGCCACCAGUGUAACAUCAUCUUCACAAAGUAACUUUGCUGACUUUUCCAAGAUGAACACUGCUGCUCCUCAAAAUUCUUCUUCAGUCCAACCAGUUGUUGCAAGCACCACACCAUCUGCUGAUUUAUAUGAUGUAUUUAGUACCCCAGUUUCUAAUCCUGCCAGUGGAGGCAGCAUACCUCCAAUGCAAGCUCCCAACCUUGCUUCUCCAUUGAAUCCUUCUGGGACAUUAACAUCACAGAUAACCACUGGUUCAGCCAUCAGCAUGCAGACUUUGAGUGGGAUGAGUUUAGGAACCAGUACCGUUCCAAUGCAAGGAAUUGGUAUGAUGCCAUCGACUAUGAUGUUCCAAGCCAACAUGAUGUCUCCCCAGUCGACGACAAUGAUGUCCCCACCGGCCAUGAUGUCCCCACCAACUAUGAUGUCCGGUGCAGGUACCCCAUUUUCCACCCCUACAGGUGCUGUCAAUCCUAUUCCUGCUAUGGCCAUCCCUAUGUCAAUACCACAGACCUCUUCAAACAACACCUGGACAGAUUCCAGUGGACUUAACAUCAGCUUAGAUUCCUUGAACCCAAAUGCUCGUUUUCAGAAAUCAACAGCUCCAUCUAUGAACCAACUGCAGCAACAAGGGCUUAUGGCAAAAGGCGUAGUUAUUUGGUACCCUGACUCUGCAACAGCAGCGGCAGCGGCAGCGGCAGCAGCAUCGUCUACAACCUACCCCAAUGCAACAGUGUCAGGAACGCCUGGCAAUCAGUUCAUGGGAACUACUCCAUCUGGAAUGAAUGCUGCAUCUUCAGGUCUUAACCAAAGAAUGGGCUCCCUUAAUUUGGGAGGUUCACCAGUAAUUCAACCACAGACUACUGGAAACUUAGUAGGAACCCCAACUGGCAUGAUGGGAGUAAGUGGCGGGGGCGAUUUCAACAUGCCAGCUACUGCAGGCUUACCAACCAAUCUGAUGAAUUCGCCGACAUCAUUCCAGCAACGGACCAACCAGGCCUUCAGUGAUUUUGGAAAUGUGAUGAGCAAAUAAAUAAUUAAAGCUGAUUGAGACAGCACUAGGACACCGACUGUGGAAAGGGAUCGACAUGUUUGGAGGGAGAGCAUCUCUCCACUCCUUACUAUAUUAAAACAUUGGUAUCACAUCUGAGUGUAUGUGUGCAUGUAUGUAUGUGUAUGUAUGUGUAUGUAUAUAUAUAUAUAUGUAUAUACAUAUUUGUAUGUAUGUAGUGUAUGAGGUGUUUGAUUACACUUUAUUCCAGUGUGGGAUUUACAACUAGAAUGGACAAAAUCUAUUUCGGAUUUUGAGAUUUUUUUUUUUUAUACACAUCAAAUACAAACAUGAUGAAAAGUAUUUAAUAAUAAUAAUUAAAAUAAUAACAAUAAUAAUGAUAUGAAAAUUGAUACGCUCUCUCUCUCUCUCUCUCUCUCUCCCCCCACUUUUCCUACCCUUUGUCUCUUCUUCUUCCUCCCUUUGUUUCUGCAUCUCUCCUCUCUUUUUGUUUCUGUUGUUCAUUUUCUCCAUAUUAUUAUACAUUCCUCAUGUUAAGUGUAGAAAAAGCUCAUUGCCAUAUACACUCGCAUAAACACUUACUUGCACAAAAUCACACUGCCUGCAAACAUAUGCAAGUAAGAACAUGUCUGCAUGCUUAUACUAGUAAACAUACGAUUACAAUUGAACAGGUCAGCACACAUGCUCAAAUAAACAUACAAGUAUUCACGCAUACACAUCAACACACAGCUCUCCAUAUAUAUAUGCAUCAUAAAAGAAUUCACAUUUGCCUUCUCAGGAUAUAUAUACACAAAUUAUUACACUCAUUUACCCAUCCGUACUUCAAAUAUAUAUAAAUAUAGAUGCAUACAAAUACAUACACACACACACACACACACACAUAUAUACUCCCACCUUAAGAAAUGCACACUCAUCUACUCAAGACAGUCACCACAUUUAUACAAUCAUACACACCAACAUGCUCAGCCUAUAAAAUUCUACUAUAAGGCAUGGUGAAAUGAGUCAGGCAGACAACAGAUUGAGGUUGGAUUUUUCUUCUCUCCAAAUUCUUUUCGACAAUACAAACCUGAAUUAUUUAAAAUAUUUCAAAUUUCAAAGACAGAAAACAAAAAAUAAUUAAAACAUACACAUAUACACACAUAUGCAAAAAGAUGAACUUGAAUGACUGUACUAAUAAUAAUAAUAAUAAUAAUAAUAAUAAUGAUGAUGAUGAUAGUAAUAAUAAAAAUUUCUUUAUUUUUGCCACAAAUGCAUCCACAAAAAGUAUAUAAAAAAAAAAGUGAGGAAAAUUGUGGCAGAAGGGGUAAUGUAAAUUAUAUAUUGAAAUUGAUCUAUAGGUAGCAGCACCAACAGUCGCUAGUCAAAUUUCACACAA